UGAGCUCUCGUUCUAAUCAAAACCCUAACCCUAAUCGCGCUCCUCAAAAUCUCUCGAACCCUAGUUUCUCCUCGAGAUCUCGAAGCGUGCGAUUCGUUCGCCGGGGUUUGCGAUCGCGGAAUGGCGAAGAAAACGAGUAGCACUUAGGGUUUUGAUCGCCGUUUGAUCGAGGAAACGAUGCGAGCUCGGAAUCGGAACCCUGGGAGGGUCGGAUUCCCCCCGCGGCGGCUAUCGCCGGAGCUCCGGGCAUCCGAUCUCCGGCGCCGCCGACUCAGGAGGUACGGCUCCGACGAGCCGCCGCGGCGGAAGGGCGAGGUCCUCCUCGAAGCGGGUCGCCUCGCGGCGGCGUACCUGAUCUCUAAGGGUUUGCUCUCGCCGAUCCCCGAAUCUGAGGAGAACGAUGGCGGAGAUCGUUCGAUCGGGGUGAGCUCUUCUUCGGCAGGUAAUGAUCUCGCCAAUGCUUAUUCUGAAUCGAAUUAUAGCAGGAAGAGGAACAGGGGUUGGAAUAGUGACUAUGGUGAGAAUUGGAAUUGUUCGAGGGGGAGGAGGAGAGUGGAAGGGAAUGGUGGGUAUACUGAUGGGAAGGGUUGGUAUAAAGAGAAAGGGAGGAAGCGACGGACAUCGGGAUGGGAUAAGAGGUUUCAUGUUGGGAGAUAUAAGGAAUUGGACAUGGAAGAGGACGAUAAUGGAAGUAAAGAGGGAAAUGGAUCGGAGAGGAGAUACGCACUUAGUCGUAGGAGAGAUUUCCGAUCGGUGGUCGAUUCGGGUUUGAAUGAGAAGAAUGAUAUAUCUACAAAAAAUCAAUGCGAGAGCAUGCCGAAUGGUUUCAUCGCGAAGAACUAUGAUCUGCCGUUGUCUCAGAGAAGCCCUACAUUUGAGAGAGAUUUUUGUAUUGAGCCAAUGAGCUCAAUGGAGUAUGCUCCACAAGAAGCUUCAGAUGCUGAUACAAAUGAAGAUACGGUAAUGAGGGGUCCCUCGAUGAAUUCGGACGCAUGGGUAAGUGGCCUUUCGAAAUGUGAGGAUUCUGACUCGAAAAUUGUUCAAUCUGUCCAGUCCAUUGAAAAUGAUCCACAAUGCGAUUUAAGUGACAGCGUUCGUGAUUUUGAUACGUGUAAACCAACAAUUGAUAUGCGAGAGGGUGAUAAGUCUGUGGAACAUAAUCGUGGAAGUGACAAGAUGAAGAGAUUCGACCACUAUUUUCUGUUUGAUCAAUUGCCGCCAAAAAAGCUGUGGCGAAAACUGGAGACUUUCACAUUCGAUGACGGAAUUUAUGAGGAAGUAGAUCAGGAGAAGUUGGGCGGUGAUUCUUUGUUUCGAAAAUCAGAUACUGAACUUAAUAUCCAUUUCGAAGAAGAGAAACAGGAGCAGGAGCAGGAGCAGGAGCAGAAGCAGAAGCCGCCAGUGGAAGUUAGAAUCCUCGAACUUAACCUUAUGGGAACAGCUGAAAUGAACAACAACCAAGAAAUCCCAGUGAUAAAUUUGGAAGGCGUUUCGCAAGAAGAAGACUAUGGCUACAAUUUCUUUCAACUUGAGUAAGCUUUUUUAACGAGGUAGUGUUCGUUGUUAGAUUUACUCUUUUGUGUAGUUAAUUCACACGGUUUAUAGAUAAUGGUUGGUGAUAGUAUGUGAUAGCGCCGGUUUUACUUCUUAAAUACCUACCCCGAUACUAUACUCGCUCUUCGUCUUUGCUUUAGGCAUAUUAGUAGUCAGACAUGAAUAUGAUUUUGGGUUAUUAUGAGAACUAAAGCUGUCUGCGUAUUUUGGCGGUUUGAAUUGGUGAUACUUGGAUUAAGUUUUUAGUACAAAAUGAAGAUGGAGCACAAGUGAAGUUUGUAUUAGCUAUUUCAUCUCUUUAUUGAGGGAACUCCGAGUGAUUGUGAUAUCGUAAAUGCGCACUUGAGAGCCGUUAUUUCACAUUUCUACAGCUAUUCCUUUUGAUAUUUUUAUGUGUCUAGAAAGAUUAACAUCAGUUUCAGGCGCUAAUAAAAGGGAGUUUCAUCAUCUCAUUCGACUGGCUAAAAGGUAAAUUUCUUCAAAUAAGGUUGCUCUGAUGUAUGCCGCUUACUGAUCUGUAUCUUUGUUCAUGUUUUACCAAUUGUUUGGCCUUUUAGUUGAGUAAAUUGUGAUAUUAUAAGAUUUAAAAUGAUUAGUCAAAUAGAAGCGGCAUCGUAGUGCACGAAGCUCCUAUCGAUGUGUGGUUUAUGGAGCGCCUCAUACUCUCAUUCCCAUAUAUCGUGUUCAUGCAUGGAAAGUGAAAACUUUACCGGCUCCUUUUCGUAAGCAGUAAUUGUUGUCUUUUUUUCUUCUUUUUAACUGCGUCUUGUUUUUUUUGUCCAACUAUUACCUGGAUCAAAAUGCAGUGUCAAAUUGAAUUUUAGUUAGUAAAGUUUGUUGUGCGUUAUUGAUGGUCUGUGUUUUGUAAGCUUCUCCUUUGUUUUAACAAAUUCUUUUCCGGUAAUUUGCAGCUGUUGAAGCUUCCAUUCAACUUCAAGUUUCAAUAUGUUUUUUGUUUAUUUAUGAUUUCAGAAGCACACAAAGUUAUCGAGUUUGGAAUGUUAGAUGCGCUCUCACAGGAAAGAAUUAGGUAGCAGAAAUUUUAACAUUAUGUAUUUAAAGGUUCUAAUCUAAUUUUGAUUCGAGUUAUUUGGGAAUUACUACCCAUUCUUUGAAA